AUGGAGCACGGCUGCCGCCCCUCUCUGCUCUGCAGUCUCCCCUCCCUGCUUCUCCUCGCCCAGCUACUCACGUGGGGCUCUGCAGAUGAGUUCCAGGUGAUUGGCCCCUCAAUUCCCAUUGUUGCUGAGUUGCCUGGUAACGCCACUCUGCCCUGCUACCUGGCCCCACCAAUGAAUGCAGAGGACAUGGAGCUGCGGUGGUUCCGCACCAAGUUCUCAGAAGAGGUGUUCGUGUAUCGGAACCGCCGGGAGCAGAAUGAGGAGCAGAUGCCCCAGUACGCAGGGCGGACCUCGCUGGUGAGGGACCUCUUAACGCAUGGGGAAGCUGCUGUGCACAUCCAGAAGGUCCAGGCUUCAGACAACGGGAGCUACACCUGCUUCUUCCAGAAGGGAGGCCGCUAUGCAGAGGCCAUUCUAGAACUGCAGGUGGCAGGCCUGGGCUCUGCCCCUCAAGUGCACAUUGAAGGGCCGGAGCAGGACGGGGUCCGCGUGGUGUGCAAGGCCUCGGGCUGGUUCCCGAAGCCCCAGGUGCAGUGGACAGACCUCAGCGGGAAGAAGUUCCUGGAGUUCUCUGAGGCCCAUGCCCAGGACGCAGCAGGGCUGUUCAGCGUGGAGGCGGCUCUGGUGGUGAGAGACAGCUCUGCAGGGAGUGUGAGCUGCUCCGUCCUCAAUCCCAUCCUGGGCCAGGAGAAGGCGAUGGCCGUGUCCAUCCCAGCCUGGAGGAAGGCGCAGCUGUAUGCUGACUGGCGGAAGGAACUGUUCCAGGCCUGCUCUGCCCAUCAGACUCUUGCAGUCUCUCCUGAAAGGAAGAGUGUGACCUGCCAGACCACCCCUGAGGGCCUUGACGACAUCUACAGUGUGCUGGGCCUUGAGGGCAUCACGUCAGGAAGAUGUUACUGGGAGGUGGAGAUCAGCAAAGGAGAGUCCGGCGACUGGGUUCUGGGGGUCUGUCACAUCCACAUCAAGGUAAGGAUCAUCAUCAGCCCCCCCGUGCCCCCUCAGUCUCUGUCCAGCUCCAGAUCCCAGCAUCUGGUCAUCACCACCUCCUCUGCUGAGCACGGCCUUGGGGGAGCAUUCACGGGAAACACAAGUGUCCACGUUCUGUACAGUCAGAGACAUCAGUCCACAGAGCCUUUCCCCAAAUGCCCUUGUCACAAAUUUUCCAAGAAUCUUUCUGCCAACUCCUCGGCCAUCCCAUCACACUACUGGCCACAGCUGUGA